AUGCUUGGAUUUGAUGGGGCUUUAGCCGCACCCGGUAGUGCUACCUUUGGGGCUGGAGGUGGACAAAUCUUCUUUGAUGACGUUGACUGCAAAGGGACGGAGGAUACCCUUGCUGACUGCUUCCAUCGAGGACUUGGGGUCAACAACUGCAACCAUGGCAGUGAUGCUGGUACUGUCUGCUUCAGAGGAGCGCCAUUUCUAGUUCAGCUGGUAAAUGGUUCUGACGACUUUGAAGGACGAGUAGAGGUCAUGUAUGAUGGUUCCUGGGGAACCAUCUGUGAUGAUGAGUGGGACCUGAGAGAUGCUAGAGUCGUGUGUAAAAUGUUAAAGUUUGAUGGAGCGUUAGCCGCACCACGCUCUGCUACAUUUGGUCAGGGUUCAGGAGACAUACUUAUUGAUGAUGUAUCCUGUGAGAGUACACAUGACAACCUGGCAGACUGUUAUCAUCGAGGAAUUGGUGUUUCAAAUUGUCAACACGAAGAAGAUUCUGGAGCUAUUUGUUUCACAGGAGGUAUAAGCGAACCAUUCACAGUUCGUCUCAGGAAUGGAUCAAAUGCGUCGGAGGGGAGGGUAGAGAUUAUGUAUGACGGAUCCUGGGGAACCAUUUGUGGCAGUAGUUGGGACCUCAUCGACGCCAGAGUUGUAUGCAGAAUGCUGGGCUUUGAUGAAGCUUCAGCAGCACCCGUUUCUGGAGAGUUUGGCCGAAGUGAAGGCGACAUUUUCCUUUCUGAUGUCCAGUGUGACGGCACAGAAAACAGUCUGGCAGAUUGCAAUCACGCAGGCAUAGGGGUCAACAAUUGCAACUACGCCAUUGAUUCGGGUGCUAUCUGUUUCUCAGGAGUACGUCUAGUUGGAGGAACUAAUAACGCUGAAGGCAGAGUGGAGAUUUUACACGAUGGCUCCUGGGGAACUGUAUGUGAUGAUUCUUGGGAUCUCAAAGAAGCGGAGGUCGUUUGCAGAAUGUUAGGAUUUGUUGGGGCUUCGGAAGCUCCGGUUGGUGCUCACUUUGGUAAAGGAUCUGGGGCCAUCUUUCUCGAUGAAGUGCAGUGCAAUGGAACUGAAAUCGAUCUUGAACAUUGUGAUCAUGACGGCAUUGGUGUCCACAAUUGUGCCCACAACGAAGAUGCCAGUGUUAUAUGUAUCCAACCAGGUAUAGAAUCAUUGUGA